AUGUUACUAAAGCUGCUGCUCUACCUCUUGCCUGUCAUUCCCAAUCACUCCCCCACAGCAGACGGACAACUGUGUGAUCCUAAACGCCCGGCAGGUCUUUGCCCUUCUGAUCGAUGUAUCGCACAGCGAGGGGCUGCCAGCACCCCCGCCACAGGCCGAACCACGGACCGCAGCACUGAUUCACUGAGCCCCACUCCUCCUGGAGGAGGAGGAGGAGGUGGAGGAGUGGGUGGUGAGCGGGCAGAGGGAGGCCAGGGAGACCAGCCAGUUUACCGGGAGCUGUGGUUCAUCGUAGUGAUGGCAGGCAUUGCCCUGCUACUGCUGGCCAUCGUUUUAGGGGUCAUGCUUCAUAAGGCCCUGAACAAACCCCCUUUCACCAGAGAGAGACCCCCGCUGGUGGCCCUGCCCAUGCAGAAGAGGAGCCCCAUGGCUGUUUAUCCACACAGCAACUCCAUUUUGUUUGACACUGUGCCUGACACAACGGGCGUCUCCACCAGCGUAACUCUCAAGGGCUUCACCAUGAAGAUAGAGGACGUGCUGGAAGCUAAAUGUGAGCCCACUGAUGAAGUCCCUCCGCAGGGUGAACUGGGGAUCCUCAGUGUGAACUCCCUGAGGCGCAGCGUCAGCCAGGUGAUGGACGGGAAGUCGCUGACAGGAGACGAUGAAGCGUGGGACCCAAAUAUUUCAGGCCAUGACAGUGGGAUGUUUAUGGACGACGAGGAAUUUGUCGACACCAUCAAAGGCUUCAGCACCGUGAGGAAGGAGCACACCAUGUUCACUGACACCAACCUGUGACCUGAGGAUGACCUUUCAACCUGACAAGACACUCGCCCCGGAUGUUUAACAUUUUGACAAGCAAGGACUCGUGCUCACAUAAAAUUCACCUUGUUUUGUCUGCAACCCAGAGCAGUUAAAAGCGUCACUGUUAAAACUUGAUGUCAGCCACAGUGGAAGACAUUUCUUCUUCUUCUUCUACAACCAAGAAUGAAGAGCAGCAAACAUAACAUCGUGACAAAAUCAAUGGAAUAACUGUGGCAAACAGACUACAGGAAGUGGAAAAUGCUGACAUUCUAACACAACUAGAAGAAAGAUUUUUUUAUAUUUAGAGGAAGGAGGAAGCACCUGCAAGCGCUUUGAGAGAAAUAAACGGAUGUGUUUGACAUCCAAAGGUUCUCAUCAGCAAAUACAGACUCAGAGCAGCACUGAGAAAAACACAAAAGAAACCAAAGAAAUGGCGACACAGCAGAACAUGUAUUGUUGUACUUAAUUUAUUUCCAUGUUUUCUUCCUGUAAAGAGAAUAAUUUUAUCUGGUAAUUUUGCAAGUAACAUACUUCUUUAUUUUACAGACACAUUUCAUUCAUUUCCCACCAGCUCUUCAUGACUGGCAACCUUUUUGCUCAUCUUCAUAUGAAUUUUGAUGUUUUUUUAGUAAUGGAAUAGCAAAAACUGGGUUAGGGUUUAACUGCAAAACUUGCACUGUUUGUCUGGUGAAUCCCACCGGAAUUUAAUAUAUUUGAUGGAUGCAGCUUGCAAGUGCCAUUCCAGUAAAAACUGAGAGGACUACACACUAACAGAAAAUGAGAAAAAAGAUGCUUAUUUAAACCAUGCCGUACAUUAGUGAUCAAAUAUUGUCUGGACAGUCUGGUGGUAUCCAUCCUAGAUGAUGAUUAGCAAGAUGAAGUGAAGCAAAUUCACACAAUAUUAAAGGAUAGGUUCACAUUUUGUCUUAAAACAAUAGUCAUGUAACAAACUGUGCAUUGAGACACAUUUUUCUUGCUGUAAUCAUUCCGCCUGUUCAUACCGACCAUUAAGAGAUCCCUUCUUAAUACACCUUCAAUGUAUGUGAUGGGGGACAAAAUCCACAGCCCUCCUUCUGUGCAAAAAUGUAUUUAAAAGUUUCUUAGAGGCUAAUGAGGCUUCAGCAGUUCAAAUGAGUCAACUCAAGUUGAUAUUUUUCAAAGUUUCUAUCUUUUUGUUACCAUCCUUCCACUGCAGAUGAACAGGAAAACACUGUCAAGAAAAAAAGAGGGAAUUAUUUACUAAAAAAAGACUGAAACUGUUGAAGUUGUUCACUUUAUUUGACUACCUCAGGUUCAUAUUAUCUUCACUCUACAGGUCUCUACAGAUCUCUUAUUGUAGGAGGUGAAAAAAUUAACUUUAAAGCAUUUGUUUUAUAAUGAUAUAAGUCAUUUUAAUUAAAACUCUCCAGUGAAAAAAAAGAUCUUUUAGACAAAGUGAUGGAUGAAAUAUUCCUGUAUGGGUCAAAUAUUUUCUUGCUUCUUUUGGGAUAAUUAAACCAUGAUGAAAACCCAUCGGUUUCUUUUUAAAUUGCAUUUUUUCAGAGCUAACAACAGGCAUGUUUUUCUUAGCUAAUGAAAAGUUGAUAUUUUGGUCACACAGGCUUUUCUGGACAGUUUUAUAUAUCGCCUUUUGAUAUGCAUGUACAGUUUGUGGGUACAGAAUGGAUCUAAUAAAAAAGUGAUACACAAAUGCCGCUCACAGUUUACUCUCAACACACAAACAGACACCUUACAGAGACCCCAAAACCACAUAAAAGUCUUCACAUAUUAAUUUAUUUGAAAUGAGUUGCAAUGCAAUGCGGGCACAAAACACUUGUACCAUUACAGUCAAUAAUAUGGUUACAAAAGAAACAUUUACAUAAUAAGUUAAUAUACUGCAGUACCACAUGAGACAGUAAACAUAAAACCCAAAACUGGGGAAUUAUAUUGCAUUAAAAACAAAAAGGAGUUGGUUUAAUGUACAAAAUUUUCAGGCAUUUACAAAGGCAGCCUCUUUUUUUCCCUUGCUUGUUUAGUUCUACAUAUAUAAAUAUAAAUCUCUAAACUGUAGUUACACUGAUAUGUCUGCUAAGAGGACCAGAUGAGAGGUUCUGGCCUGAGACGAGAUCCUUCAGUGACCUCCAUGCUGACUGCCAUUUCAUUAUAAAACAAGAUAAAUUUACACAAUUGGUGUUAUAAACCAUUUUCAUUGAAGUUUUUUUGAAAUAUCGGAUUAUAAUCAAGUGAGGGAUGUUUUCACUGCCACAUGCCUACUGAUCUUUACUGCUCUAUCUGAUUAACAGUUUUAAUUUAAUGCUUUUGAGAUUUUCUGCAUUUCAUUGUAAUGUGCACCUGUCCCUUUAGUGUAAUACAUCUGUAAACAAACAAAUUAAAUCAUCAUCAGAAAUGUAUUCGCAGCAGUAAAGUGCAUGCAGCACAUGCUAGGUUGUGAAUGUUUUCAAAGCCGACAAAACAACGGUCACACAGAAAUAGUUAAACAUAGCACUAUGAGUUUUUGCCUUCCUUUAUAAAAUAAAUGGACCCCUCAAACUUUAGCAUCCCUUUGUGCAAUCUUCCCCAACAUCCAAAACCUUUAUCACACCCCUUGUCCUCCUCUUACGCCCUUUUCUCUGGCCACGAGUCAUGCUUUAAAUCCGCAACCAACCUGUAAUCAAACAGGAGAAGCAAGACGUUCUCUCCUAUUCCUACAUAUUAACCACUGAUUUUCUAAUAAGCUAGUUUGCUGCUAGAUGUCACAACCGCAUCAAUUCCAUCAUCACUCGACUGCUAUACGAGCAGAUGCUACUGCAGCUUCUAAAGAGGUCUCUGCCUUAGCUACACCUACCACUAUAUCUACUACUACUACUAAUCAUAGUCUAGGACUUUGAGCAUUUAAAUUACAUUUCAACAAAUCAUGUCAAAAUCAACAACUGUAAUGCUACCCUGAUUUAGUCAAGAGGCGACCACGAUUACCUCCAUCUGUUCGUCCAGGUAUUUUUUUAUUUUUUUAUUUACCAGAGCGUGAAAAGAUAAAAGUGCAGCGAAUCCAAGUCUAGCUGCUAAGAUGUUGUCAGAAACAAACAAAGACUCGGUACCUUUCGGAACAAGAUUUCAAACUGCUAACACUGAUGAUCGUACCUGAGAGCUAGACUAGACCUGAUCUGACAGUGUGUGGUGCACCUGUAGUGGCUGGUGAUCUGAACCUCAGUGUUUCAACUUGGCAGACAAGCAGUGCUAGAUUGGUGUUACAUGGUUUUUUUUUUUUUUUUUUAAAGGGAUGCUCCACUGAUUUAUUAUUGCAUUUCCAUGAGGUUGGGAGACUUGCAAGUGAUGUGAUAAAAAAAAAAAAGAAAGGUCAAAAAUCGAUGAGGCAGAAGCUCAGAUACCCUGACUUUUAGCCCUGUGUAUGGGGAAACCUCCAACAACACUGGCUCCUACAAUUCCCAUAAUGCAAAGUGAUAGCAUAUUUUUAUUAUACCCUGCCUGCCUGGUAAAAACACCCACAUCCUUGAAACUGAACUCUCUGAGUUUGUCAUAUGCAGGCUUUGCUUUUAUAAAUUUAACCCAAUUCAAGAUAACCCUGAUGACAUCACCACGGUCAUUUUCUCCAUUUUGACAC